AUUUCUUCUAUCUCCAUCUUCAUUAACCAGUUACUUUUAAGGGCUGGCGAGUUACUGUUGCGACUGAUUAGCCAUCUCUUAUCUUGCCCACCACUUGCACAUAGUUCGUACAAUUUGACUCAUCUUAGUGAGUUUAUAGUAUAAAGAGGCCAGUGGAGAACCCAAACCAAACCAAAUUGCAGCAAUUAUAUAGAGCUAGCUUCCGUAGCUUGCAGCUAGAAGCUGGGAAAUGAACUCUGAUCGUAAUUAGUUCUAAUAUUGGAUCGAUCAUCAGUUAGUUUAUGGCAAUUGCAGCAACGAGCAGGAUGAGCCACGAAGAAGACGAGUCGAACAAGCAGGGCAAUCAUCAUGAUGAGGUUGAUGAUGAGCAUGAGCAUGACAUGGUGAUGCCGGGCUUUCGCUUCCACCCAACUGAAGAAGAACUGAUAGAGUUUUACCUUCGCCGUAAGGUGGAGGGCAAGCGCUUCAAUGUCGAACUGAUUACUUUUCUCGACCUUUAUCGCUAUGACCCUUGGGAACUUCCAGCUAUGGCCGCGAUUGGAGAGAAGGAGUGGUUCUUUUAUGUCCCGAGAGACAGAAAGUACCGGAACGGCGACAGGCCCAACCGUGUGACCACAUCUGGAUACUGGAAGGCAACUGGAGCCGAUCGGAUGAUUCGAAGCGAGAACUUCCGGUCAAUCGGAUUGAAGAAAACCCUAGUUUUCUACUCUGGGAAAGCCCCCAAAGGCAUUCGAACUAGCUGGAUCAUGAACGAGUAUCGCUUGCCCCAUCAUGAAACUGAACGAUAUCAAAAGGGAGAAAUAUCCCUUUGCCGAGUUUACAAGAGACCCGGAGUGGAAGACCACCCGUCGCUGCCUCGUUCUCUGCCGUCAUCCAGAGCCGCCGUUAAUGCUAAUAAUGCAUCCACAUCAAGAUCAGUACUGGCUCAGUCUUCCUCCUCGUCCACCUUAGAUAAAAAGCAGCACAGCAUUAACAGUAGUUUGAUGGAAAAACUCCAAGCUAAUUUUAACUUCAAUGGAGGGUCGCCGUCACUUGGCCAAUCUGUAGAACAACUUCAUCAUCAUCAAGAUCAGGUGGCUGCGGAUCCAAAGAUUAACGAAACGGAAGGAAGUAGUGGGAAUUCGGAUGUGACAAGCACGCUCGGCGUUGGCCUCCGUAGUAGUGCUCCUAAUAUUCCUCCAAUUCAUCUUCCAUCAUCGUCACUCGGACUACAACCUCAUCACCAUCACCAUGGAGGAGUCCUACACCUCGAUGAUCAGGCCGAACAAGAGGGGAUGUCGACAUUCUUGCAGCAGCACCACCACCACUCAAAGCCACAAUCAAUGCUGUUCGCCGGAUCUUCUGUUUCGUCCACGUCUAACCCGAUUGAUGAUCUUCAAAGACUCUUGAAUUACCAACAACAGCAAGCAGUUUCCAACAUUGCCAAUCAACAACAAGCUUUACAUGUACAACAAUACUAUGAUGCGCAUAAUCAUAAUCACCACCACCACCACCAAGUACCUAGCAACGUGGUUAACCAUUUCUCCAGUCCUUUCCCAUUGGUAUCUCCUCCAUCGUCGCAGUCUCAGCUCUCCCCCAACGGACUUCCAAUAACUGCUUUCUCCGACCGCCUUUGGGACUGGAAUCCGAUCUCAGAACCAAACAGGGCGCCCGAUCAGUACAACACCAAUCCAUUCAAGUAAUCAAUAAUAUAUUUAUAUAUAUAUAUAUAUAUAGAUAUAUAUAUAUUAUCAACUAAACUCAACUGCAUAUAUACAUAUUUGAUCCAUCAUCCAUACACUACCACUUAAUUAUGUUAGCUAGCUGAUUCUAGCUGCUGCUGAAUUUGAUUUCUCUAGCUUGCUAGCUAGUAGUCCUUAAUGAUCUCUACAUCUUUUCCAUUUUUCUGGCAGACUUAAUUUGUAGAUCUAGUAUUUUAAUGAAGUGAUACUAUUAUUCGAUCUAAUGUUUUUGAAUUUAUAUACAACCAUAUAUAUUUGAUCGAUCAUACAUUUAGUUGUUUUUUCUGGGGGUUAUUGAUUGGGUGAUAUCCUAUAUUCAUCCCUUUUGUGUUGUGGUGAUGCAGUAACAUGUAAUAUAGCUAGCCAGUAUGUAUUCUGAAUUGCAAUGUUGCAUGCUUAGGUCAUGGCGUAAGGUGCUGAAUUAGGGUUGCAGAAAAUCAUAUAUGUCAAUCAUAGGUCAUCCAAUUCAUCUCGUCCUUUUCUUUUUUUUUUUUCCUUUUU